AUUAUAAAUAUUUUAUAAAAAUAAAACAAAAACAACAAAAAACAAUUACAUAGAGCCCAUAAAAUUAUAAUAAACUUGGAAUAAAGAGAUUUUCAGCGUUAUUAAUGAUAUUGAAAAGAAAUUUAAAUUUGCGCUUUAAAGAAAUCAAAACAUGUAUAGAUUAUUUCAAAUAAUAACUAAUAUAAAUCUAAUAUUGUGUCUGAGUAUUGGCAAAAUAAACUCCAACACGAUAAGCGAUCAAUUUAAAGAUAGUAACAACAAUUCAUAUGAUAAUACAUUUAAUCAUACUACAACUGCCAAUGUCCAAUUCAAUGAAAAAUUAUCUACUCGCAGCCAUUUAGAAGAAUCUAUAGUGACAGCUAAUGAAAUUGAGUAUACCACACCGUAUGCCAGUCCUGGUAUUACUUGGGAUACAGAGGAGAAGUUGCUGGAAAAUUCUUUGGUUAAGCUGAAAAGUGCCAAUGAUGAGAAUAACUGUUUGCUGGACUCUCUUAAGACGGCUUUGUUGUGGUGGUGCUAUAGCAAUGGCACUUUAAGAGAAUCGAAUUUGAAGGUUUUAAAAGCUGAGCAACAAUUGGACUUGUCUUUUCAUAACAUUAGCAGCGAUGAAAAAGUACUGGAGUUGCUGCCGGACUUUGGAGAAAGUUUCGAUAUUGUGGCGGCUUCCUUGGCCUAUAAUAAUUUAACGGCUGCUCCUUUUCAAAGCUUGCAAAUGAUGGCUAAGAGUUUAAAAUAUCUCAGCCUCAAGGGUAAUCCAUUUAUAGAUAUAAACAAUGAGGCAGAGGGUAUAGCCUGGGCCACAUUUCCCUAUAUGCCUUCACUUAUGGAAUUGGAUAUUAGUAAUUGUAAUAUAGAGUUUAUUAGCAAAAGAGCUUUCCAAAAUCUAACCAAUCUUAAAAGUCUUUAUAUGUCUUAUAACAAAAUGUUAACCAUAAAAGCGGAUACAUUUUUCUAUACUCCCUCGCUGCAAGUAUUGGAUUUAUCGUUUACCAAUGUCUAUGACUCCUUUAUGAAUCAAUUGAUUGCCUCGCCUACUCUGGAAUCUGUAAUGAAACUAAUGUAUGGCGUUAAUAUUCAGCAAAACACUUUUAAGUUUCUACCCAAUCUAAUAUAUCUAGAUCUGUCGCAUACCAAAUUAACUCGAGGCAGUGCCGUGGCUUUUACUCAUAUUGGACCCAGUGUUAAGUAUUUGAGUUUGUGUUAUACCUCCUUUCCGGUAUUUGGCAAUGGUAUAUUCAAAAAUUCUUCCUUAAUUGGUUUGGAUCUAUCGGGUAAUACCCAUGCUGCUUUCAGCAUCACCGAAGAUGUUUUUGAGGACAUGUCCAAAAGCUUGAGCUAUUUGUACUUUGAAAAGUCCAAUUUAAAGGAUCUUUCUUGGCUGAAACAUUUGCACAACUUGCGUUUUCUGGCUUUGGCUGGUAAUAAUAUCAACACCCUGUCUGUCGAUCAUUUCAGCAAUCUAAAGCAGCUACAGAUCUUGGACUUAACCUCAAAUCAAGUGGGCAACUGGUAUUCCCAAGUUUUUGUGGACAAUGAAAAUUUACGUGUUCUAAGCCUUAAGGAUAAUAAUAUCAAUAUUAUUACCUCGGAAAUGCUAAAGGAUUUCAGCCAUUUGGUUUAUCUAAGUCUGGGCGAUAAUAAUUUCAUUUGUGACUGCCUGCUGCGUGAUCUAGUGGAUAUAGCGGCUGUCAACAAUCAAGAGGCCAAAUGUAAAGGAAAUUUGAAGCCAGACCUGCUAAACAACAUCCAUUUAAACAAUAGCCAUGUAAAGCAUAUUUUAGAACAUUCCAAACUAUUUUUCAACAGCAGUUUAAGAAACCUGGAUAUACAUUCUUUGGUGUGGUCGCAAAACCUUUUGAAACUCAAGCAGUCUGCCAAAAAGUUAACAAAAACUCAUAGCUUUAAAAGCCGACCAAAAAUGCGCUUCAUUUUGGAUGCCUUUAAUAGUUUCAAUGGCUCAAAAGCUUGCCAUCAUUACAACUCUUCCGAUUCGUAUGAUGAAAGAAUAAAUAGUUCUCUAUUUAAGGUACAACUCUUGGACUAUGAGGAGGAACACUACUGGUGCUACAAUGAAACGGAACGCCAAACCCUUAUUAGACUGGACUGUCAAAGAACUUCUUUGGUGGAGGAUAUCGUGCAGGAAUUGGACUCUUUAACUACCUAUGUUAUGGCCAGUGUAGGCAGCCUAAUAGCAGUGGCCAUCUUGGCUAUUCUUAUCUAUUGGAAACGUUGGCAUAUUUACUACUACUAUUCCUCCCUUAAAUCUGCCGCUCUUUUAUCUGCCGUCUCCCAAGACAAUAUCAAUAAAUUCAAUAAUUUAUGCGAUCAAAAUCCCAACAUGAUCUAUGAUAUAUUCAUUUCUUAUUGUCAAAGUGAUCGCGACUGGAUUGUGGAGGAACUUAUGCCCAAUGUUGAAGAAACUGGCGAUAUUUCCAUAUGUCUGCAUGAAAGAGAUUUUCAAAUUGGCGUCACCAUUCUGGACAAUAUAGUGUCCUGCAUGGAGCGCUCCAGAGCUCUAAUGCUUAUAAUAUCCUCUAAUUUUCUGCUUAGUCAUUGGUGUCAAUUUGAAAUGCAAUUGGCUCAACAUCGUAUUUUUGAUCUUAACAAAGAUCAUUUGAUAUUAGUUUUGUUGGAGGAGAUACCGCGCAGCAAGAGACCUAAAAAUUUACAGUAUUUAAUGGAUGUAAAGACCUAUAUUAAGUGGCCGGGUGGAAAGGCUAAACGAGAUAUACAUCCGGAGGAGCGUAAAUUAUUUUGGAAACGUUUAAAACGUACUUUAAAGAAUAUUGGCUUAAAUCCCACAGAAUCUAGAGCUUAAUGAAAUGAAAGAAAAAACAAAAAUUAUUAAUAUAUGUAUUUUAAGUAAAUGUACCUGAUUGAUGUAAAAUAAAAACGCAGUCUAAAUUUAAAUCUAAGUAUCUGUAAAUUAGUUUGUAAUAAUUGUAUUAAUGUAUAAAGAAAUGAUGCCAUAUGUAGCUUAUGUAUGUAAAUAAAUAUUUAUGUUGGAGACGAA